GACUCGCGCUCUCCGCCCCCCAGCCUCCUCGGGGCCCUUUUGUCUGCGCCGCUUUCCCCCCUUUGUGGCGGUGAGUGGAGUCGCGGUCCCCGGGGGGAGCCCGCACGUCCUGCUGGGGACCGCUCCCCGGGGAUCCGGUUGCCGUAACCGGAUCGGGUCAAAGUCCAUCUUUCAAACGUGACCUCCCUCAGACCUCUGCAUCCCUGGCUGAGCCCGGCCGAGGCUCCGGAGCCUGGCGUAGUUUUAAGUGGAUGCCCCGAGGGUAUUGUCCAGCUACUUUCUAAAUGUCAGCCUCCGGCGGCGAGGGAUCAGGACUCCUGGCGCUUUUCCGCUCCCGAGGACCGAGUCUUGGGGAAAAAAGAAGUGAGACUUGGAGCCCCACUCCCGGAAACUGACAAGAGUGGAAAUUUGCUGCGAUACUUGUGGCAGCUGCGAUGGGCGGGGGGGGGGGGGGGGGCGCGAAGAACUCAAGCGAAUCGUUGCUUUAGAAACCUGGAAAUCGGAGGAGAGUAAUUCCCAGGGCAUCAUUCAUUGCCCGCAGACAGCCUUUGGCACUUCAUUCGCCCACGCAGCUCCUCAACUCCCCAGACUGCAUCCUUUUUUAAAUAAAAGAAACUGUUCCUCAUCUCCCCACACUGGCUAAUAGUGGCAUGGAAGAUCCAUUUGAAGAAGCAGAGCAGCCCUCUGCAGACCCAGGCGUGUUCAUGGACUCUGUGGAAGCAGGUGACACAACUCCUCCCACCAAAAGAAAAAGCAAGUUCUCAGGUUUUGGCAAGAUCUUCAAGCCAUGGAAAUGGAGGAAAAAAAAAAGCAGUGAUAAAUUCAAAGAGACAUCAGAAGUUUUAGAGCGAAAAAUAUCUAUGCGAAAACCAAGAGAAGAGCUGGUUAAACGAGGGGUUCUAUUGGAAGACCCUGAGCAGGAUGGUGAGGAUCCAGGAAAGCCGAGCCAUGCCACGUUAAAGAAUGGCCACACCACACCCAUAGGUACUGCCAGGUCAUCUAGUCCAGUCCUAGUGGAAGAAGAGCCAGUGAGAGUAUCAAGUCUUAGGAAUCUUAAUCCAGAAGAGGAUCCAAAGAAGAGACUAGGCUCAACUGGAAGCCAGCCUAACUCCGACGCAGAGUCUGGUCCUGAGCAUGUACCUAAGCAGCCUCUACUCCCCCCAAAAAGACCCUUGUCCUCUUCUUAUGAAGCAAGUGAAGGACAAGCAGAGGAGGCCACAUCUGGCAGCACAGCGAGGCCCGUCUCCUCCACUUCUGGCUCUGCCACCACACGGGCGGUCCCUGCUGCUGCCACAGAUUUAUCAAGGACUGCUAAUUCCUUCGUCACCCCUGCCCCAGCCCCCAGGACUCUGCCCGCUGCGCCUGCCAGCACUAGCACUACUGCCACCCUGAGUUUUACUCACACGGCCCCUGCUAAGCAACCCCCCAUCCCACCCCCUAAACCAACUCACAGAAAUAGCAACCCUGUUAUUGCUGAACUAUCUCAAGCAAUAAACAAUGGCACACUGUUGUCGAAACCAUCCCCACCCUUACCACCCAAGAGAGGCAUUCCAUCAACCUCCGUACCCACCUCCGAGCCCGCUGCUGCACUCACAAGAACAGCCAGUGAAAAAACUGUCUCUGUGUGUUCAGAACCACCGCUGAUGAUCCCGCCUUCCUCCCCUUCACCCCCACUGCCUACUCACAUACCUCCAGAGCCCCCACGGUCCCCACCAUUCCCUGCUAAGACUUUUCAAAUUGUGCCAGAAGUUGAGUUUUCCCCUUCUUUAGAUCUAUCCCAGGACAAGUCCCAGCAGGAAGAUCAGAAAAAGGAAAUCCCCAAGAAGAUAGAGGACCAGAGCUUUUCGGAGCACCAUGUACCCUCCAGACUGCCCCCACUCCCACUACAUAUCCGAAUUCAGCAGGCCCUCGCCAGCCCCCUUCCCGUGACCCCACCCUUGGAAGGCACACACAGAGCUCAUUCGCUGCUCUUUGAGAACAGUGACACCUUCUCUGAGGACAGUGCUACCCUGGGUCGGACUAGGUCACUUCCCAUCACGAUUGAGAUGCUAAAAGUUCCAGAUGAUGAAGAAGAAGAGCAGACCUGCCCAUUGGCAUUUGUUGAAGACAUGACAUCUACCUCAGUCACUCCUAAACUACCACAGUUUCUGCAAGAGGAAGAAAAGGAGAGUGACUCAGAUUCAGAGGGUCCCAUUCAGUAUCGAGAUGAAGAUGAUGAAGAUGAAAGCCAUCAAAGCGCCCUGGCCAACAAAGUGAAGAGGAAAGACACACUGGCCAUGAAGCUGAACAGCAGACCCAGUGAGCCAGAACUGAACCUGAAUUCUUGGCCUCGUAAAAGCAAGGAGGAGUGGAAUGAAAUACGGCACCAGAUUGGGAACACGCUGAUUCGGCGACUGAGUCAAAGACCAACAGCAGAAGAACUGGAGCAGCGCAAUAUACUACAGCCUAAAAAUGAAGCUGAUCGCCAAGCAGAGAAACGGGAGAUUAAGCGUCGGCUCACUAGGAAGCUCAGUCAAAGGCCAACUGUGGCUGAACUACUUGCCAGGAAGAUCUUGAGGUUUAAUGAGUAUGUGGAGGUGACAGAUGCGCAAGACUAUGACCGUCGCGCAGAUAAACCGUGGACCAAACUGACUCCUGCUGACAAGGCCGCCAUAAGAAAAGAACUGAAUGAAUUUAAAAGCUCGGAGAUGGAGGUCCAUGAAGACAGCAAACAUUUUACACGCUACCAUCGCCCGUGAAGCUAAAGUGUGAGAAAGGAACUAAAGGGCCAUCAGAAAAACAGAGCUGUGUUGUUGCUUGUCUCCUGAGCGACCAUAGCACUUCCUGCACAGCCAGAGCUACUCUGGGAUCUGGCUCAGGGGUGAACAGCACUUCUAUGAAUGUAGCCUGGCACUGGAGCGGAUUCUUGUGCUGCCCUUAGCGAAGAAUGAACCACCUGCUGCUUUUGAGCCUUUUUCCAGCACUGCAGCAGACUUGAGGACUCCUCUCUCACCAGCUGCAGAAGCUCAGGGCCCCUUGCGGCUUCUGAGCUUUACAGGCUGCAGCACACCCCACCCCAAGACAACUGCCCAUUGUUCAACUGCUGAGGCAUUGGGACCGUUAGCCUCACCUGCCUGCCCUAGCUGUGAGACCCUCUCAUGGAGGCAUUAGUUCCAGCUAAAUCCUCUUGCCAACCCUUCUAGCAAAGGGCCUGGCCUCCAGCAGUGCUUGGACUGCACUGGCGUCAGUUAAAGAUUGCACUGUACCUCCUCGCCCAUGGCAGUGAGCCUGAGCGAAACUGGGGUCUGACUUGCUCAUCUUCGUGGCACUUGUCAUCCCAGCUCCUUUCCUUUUUGAAACAAGAUCUUGUCCUAUGGCUCAGGCUGGCCUCAAAGUCCUGUCUCAGCCUCCCAAGUGCUAGGACUACAAGCAUGAGCCAUCAUGCUUGGCUUUCAUACUGGCCCACAUUUUAAAGUGAUCAUAAAGAAAUGAUGGAAAUUUAGUCAUUAAACAGUCUGAGCUGUAAUCAGAACCCAAGUGUUGAAAUGACAAAGCCAUGUACAUUUUCUAUAUACAAACCAAGAAAAAGGCCUUAAUAUUAAUGCCAGUUUGGCAGAGAACUGACUCAUGGGUUGGACUUUGCAGACUAUUAUACGUUUUUUGUACCAAAUGAUACUGUAAAUCACUUCAGCCAGUGGGAGCACCCGUGGGAGCAUUGUAUGCUGCUGGUGCCAUGCUUCUAGCCUCCUUGGUGCUGUUGGCCCUCUCUACUCCAGCAACGCUUUUCUCCAGCUGCACUCACCUCACUUGCCUUCUAGAUUCCAUGCUGCAGUCAGUGUGGUUGGUGCCUAAGUUUGUGGAUCAGGCCUUCUCCAUUUGUAUUGUGGUGCAGAAUUUUUCUCUUGAAACCUAUAGAGCUUCACUGUUCCCUUCUAAUUGCUAUUUACAUUGUAAGUGGCAGAGAACUACAUCUUGGUUUUUCUCUUUUAGUUCUUGUUUUAGUCUGCACCUCAUUGUGUAGCCUAAGCUAGCCCUUGACUUGAGGUCUUCCUUCCCCAGCUUUUCCAGGCUGGGGUCAUAGGCGUCAACAGUUGCAUACAGCUUUUACUUACCACCUUAAUAUUUUAGCAAAUUGUAUCUCUUAAAUUUUUUUUUUUUUUGUUUUAUUCUAUUUCCUGUCAAUAGUCUUUCAGCAAUUUUCUCUUUGUCAGCAUCACACUUACUAAAGAGUUAUAAUAUAGGGUGAACGAAAAGGUGAAAGUGACCUUAAAAGUAGUACUUUGUUCUCUGUGGGGCAAGUAGUAGUUUUGUUUGCUUUUCUGUUACUGCCAGGCAGUUUCUGGCCAUCUAAAAAAAGACUGCAUCCCCACCUCCUCAAAGCUUAUGAACACUUGGGUUAAGGAGGGAAAAAACCAAUGAUGGUUCUAAGUCUGUUAGACAUCUAGAUGCAAGGUUGCCGGAACUGCUGACCUUCAUCAUCAUCUUUGAUUGCAUUUUGUUCUGUGCUCAGGAGGGAAGCACAGGUCUCACAAGGAAGGCAGUUGCUCUGCCCCUGCUCUCUCACAGCUAGAUUCCAAACACCCUUUCCUAGUGGUUUGGAGUCUGCUUUGCAUAUGCCUCUGCUGUCUAUGGCUCAAAUGACAUUUUCUGUUUUGUUUUAUUAGACAGGGUCUCAUGUAGUCUAUGCUGGCCUUGAACUCACUUUGUAGCCAAGGAUCCCCUGCCUCUACCUCCCAAGUACAGGGACCAUAGCUGUGCCCACCAUACCUGAUGGCAAAGCGACUUUCCAGCCUUCUCGCUGCUGCUUUCCUCACUGUGCCAAGCCUGAGCGGUCUGCUUGUGUGCCAGCAAGGGCUCUGAGUCAUUGCUCAUCUCAUUCGUCUUCUGGAACAUGAUACGUUAGCCUGGCCUCUAGUCAGUGGUUUUGUUUUUAUGUAUAUAAAAGUUGAUUUUGUUCUCUUCGUGUAGCUUGAGGCUCACGAUCACAAUGUAAAGGAGUAAAAGCCUAGCCUAUUGACCAUUAAUGUGCUUCCCUAAUGUACAGAGUCUUGUAAAAUAAAUAAUUACAUUGUAUAUCAGUUUUCCCACCAAUCUUAAUUAUUAAAGUAUUUUAGAAUGUCAAAAAA